ACUCGGCGAACGCUCAUCUUCCUACCAACAACAAUCGCAGCAAUGUCAGGACAACAAGGAUACGAUGUCGUUGUGGAUGUUGAUGCAGAAGGAGAUCUAGGCCAUACCGACCUGAACGACGACCUCGAAUUCCACAACUCCACAUUCGACUCAAGUCAGAACGCGCCGCGCGCAAAGGUCCAGCCCGACCAACAAUCCUCCUUCCUCGGUGGCCCCUCUCGCCAACCAUCCUCCUCCUCGAAACGAUACCUCUGGUCGAUAGCCUUCUACCAGCAAUUCUUCGACGUCGACACGAAUCAAAUCCUCCACCGAUGCCAAGCCGCCCUAUACCCACGCCAAAACUUCCUCGAUAUCUUAGAUGGCAACCCUGAUCUCUACGGUCCCUUUUGGAUUGCGACAACGGUGGUGGUCAUUCUGUUCUUGACAGGGACGAUCAGUCAAUAUCUGGCGACGACAGGCAAGACGCACUUUGCGUAUGACUUCAAGCUUUUGUCAGGAGCGGCGGGAUUGAUCUAUGGAUACACACUGGUCAUCCCUCUGGCGCUAUGGGGAGUGCUGAAGUGGUUCGGAAGCGAGAGCGCGAAUGUGUUGGAAUGUUGGGCACUCUACGGCUACGCCAACCUGAUCUGGAUACCCGUGGCGCUGGUGAGCUGGUCACCACUGACUGCAUUGAACUUCGCCUUCGUUGGGAUUGGUUUUGCGCUCUCGGCCGUGUUCCUCUUUAGAAACUUAUAUCCCGUGGUCUCUGCCACUGACGCGAAAACGUCGCGUGUCCUGCUCGUGCUUGUUGUUGCACUCCACGCUGGUCUCGCGAUUGCAGUUCAGAUCUUGUUCUUCGCACAUGGAAGCCCAGUCGCAGACAAGCCAGACGCUCCUGCGAAGCCGGAGGACCCCGCGGAGCAGGCUGCCAGGAUGCUCUCGAGAUUCUAG